GACAGCUAAAAUUCGAUCCAGACUCACAGCACUCGCGACGAUUUUUGUUUGUGAAAAAUUCUUUUCCACUUCCUGCGCAAAAUAACGAGGUGUUUUUCAUCAAAGUUGUGCUAAAGAAAAGAUCAAUAUUUUGGCUGUUCUCUAUAUUGCCCCCCUCCGGAACGCAAUGCUCGACGGUUGGUACUGUCGUUCGAUGAACGAACAAGCGCUUCAACAACAGCAGCAGCAACCGCAGGCUCACCACUCCCGGCAGAAUCACAACUCGCUGGAGGGUGACGAUUUAGCUGGGGAAGAUCGUGACGCCGGAGAUAGCUCCGGGCAGGAUGAUGACAGUGAUGAGGAUGUUCUGCCUAGCCGGCGUCAAAUCGACUACAAGCUCCAGUAUAAUACGCUGAAGAAAAAGUUGAAAUACUUGCUUUAUGAAAAUGAAUUCUUUCAGGAAAAUCUUCGCACUAACCAGCGCCGCUUGCUAAAAAUUACCCAGGACAGAUCCUUUCUGCUGGAUCGAUUGUUGCAGUACGAAAAAACCGAUCUCACCUCAUCGGAAAGCGAAGAAACAGAAUCCUCGGAUGAUUCGUCCAAAGUGGAACCCGCACCGACAGUUGGUCGUAAGCGUAAGAACGAUGCCUCCAGCUCGAACAAUAGCUCACUCGUCAAAAAUCCACCCAAGCGAAGAAAGCCCGGUCCGAAAAAGCAAGUCCCGCAGCAGGUGCUGCUUCAGCAGCAAGCCAUCGCCCAACAGCAACGUCAGCUCCAGGCAGCACAACACCAACAGGCCAUUGCUCAGCUGCAGGCACAACAGAACAUGCUACCUGUCAACCACCACCACCAGCAGCAUCCACAUCAGCUGCAACAGCAGCAGCACCACCACCAGGAAGGCCAUCUUACGACGGAGGAAAUCGAACGGCAUCUACAAUCCCGGGCAGCUCAAUCGAUGCUGGAGGUUGUACCGGAGGGGGAACUACCGAACGAGAUGUUUAGUCAGGCUCCGUCCAGUGAGUCCAAUGAUCAGAUGGUCGAUACAUCGCCUAGCAACAUUGGUGAUGAAUGUCUGUCGGUGGAUUUGAAUAUGAUGCAGCAGGAGUAGUCCGAUCGUUGUGUGGCACGGGAUUGACCGGGUAGAUGCGGCAUUACUUGUAUGAACCU